AUGAUACCUAUAAGAUCUUCAAUAACUAGAAUACUACCGAACGGUUUUUUAUCCAAACCUUUCCUACGUCAGUUGAAUAAAAAAUCAAAGCCAAAUCCACAUAAGAAUAAAAAUUUUGAUUCAUUCAAUGAAGUAUUUAUUCAUAAAACUUUACUAUCAUCAAUUAAACAACAUAAUGAUACUGAUUAUGUUCGAUGUUCAAUAUUCAAUGCCAAUGGUGAUAUGAUUCAACAUGGUAAAGAAAUCUUGAAAAGUCAAUUUAUAAAACGAUAUAAUUUAACACCAAGAGAUUUUAGGAAAUUCAAUUGGCAAAGAUCAGCAACAGGAACAACAACAACUUCUUCUUCAUCAUCUUCAUCAGCGGGACAAACAUCAUCUGGGACAUCCAAAUCAUCAAGCUCAUCUUCACUGUCUUCAUCUCCACAUUCUACAAUAUCCGCAUUAUCUUUAAGUAAUUCUUCCCUUGGAUCAUCAACUAACGUUGAUAUUGUCCCCAAUAUUACUAUUCGACGUAACAGUAUACUAGUACAAUUAUUAAACAUUCGAGCUUUAAUUAAUCAUGAUCAACUAAUCAUUUUCGAUAAUUCAUCAAGUUUCCAAAAUUCCCAUGUUUCUUCUUAUACCCACCUGCAAUGUCUUAAAGAUUUAAGUCAACGAUUAAAAUCUACAAAUUUGGAUGGAUUACCAUUUGAAUUCAAAGCUCUUGAAGGAAUAUUGAUUUACAUUGUUUCGAAUUUAAAUAUGGAAAUGAAAGUUCAUAAUACUGUGUUACAAAAUAUUAUUACUGGUUUAGAAGAUAGUAUUGAUCGAAAUAAAUUACGGUAUUUGUUAAUUGAACUGAAAAAAAUUCAUCAAUUCCAUCGGAAAAUUACCUUAAUUAAGAAUUGUUUAGAAGAUUUAUUGGAAAAUGAUGAUGAAUUAAAUGAUUUAUAUAUUACUGAAAAAUUCAAUAGUGAAGGUGAUGGACAACCACGACAGGGGACAAAUCAUGAAGAAAUUGAAAUGUUAUUAGAAAAUUAUUAUCAAACCAUUGAUGAAAUUGUUCAAAUUGUGGAAAAUUUGAAAAAUCAAAUUAAAACUACUGAAGAUUUAAUUAAUGUGGUUUUGGAUUCUAAUAGAAAUCAAUUAAUGCUAUUAGGAUUGAAAUUUUCUACAGGAUUGUUAUCGAUGGGGGUAGCAUUAUAUGUGUCAGCAUUAUAUGGAAUGAAUUUAGAGAAUUUCAUAGAAGAAAUAGAUGGUGGUUUUGAAGUUGUUACAGUGGUUUCUACAAUUGCUUUGAUUGCAUUACUUUUAUUCAGUGUCAAACAAUUGAAAAAAGUUGAAAAAGUAACCAUGACAAGUUUAAAUGAUCAACGGAAAUAA